GAUGCAUCAAUGAUGUUCAACGUAUCAAAAAAUUUUUAAUUGAACAUGGAUUUAAUGAAUCAGAUAUGAUCAUAUUGACGGAUGAUCAAAAAGAUUAUAAUAGAAUUCCUACUCGCGCAAAUAUUAUUAAAUAUAUUAAAGAAUUGGUUUCUGAUCCCCGAAAUAAUGAUUCAUACUUUUUCCAUUUUAGUGGACACGGGGGACAAUUAGAAUUACAUAAUUUGUUGGUUGAUCCUCUUUCUGAAGGUGUUCGUUUAACAGUAGUUUUCGAUUCAUGUCACUCCGGAACAGUACUCGAUUUACCUUACGUUUAUUCCACUCGUGGUACCAUAAAACAACCAAAAAUUUUAUUACAAGGAGCUAAAAAUGCUUUGGAUACUGGAUUGAGAUAUUUUCAGGGUGAAUUAGAAUCUUUUAGAAAAUCAGUAAAAAUUUUAGCUACUAAAACUCUGGAGGGACAUGUUAUUAGAAGAAAAAAUUUACAAACUAUGUCUAGUGUGGCUGAUAUUGUUAUGUUUAAUGAGCAAACUUCAGCUGAUGCGCAUGAAGGCGGACAAGCUACUGGAGCAAUGUCAUACGCUUUAAUUAAAUCGUUAUCUCGUGAUCACAAACAAACUUAUAAAGAAUUACUGAAUUCUAUUCGUGAGAUUUUACAUGAAAAAUAUGCUCAGCGACCUCAACUUAGCGCGUCACAUCCAAUGGAAAUGGAAUCCCCAUUUACCAUAUAA